AACUCUAAAUAUCCCUGAGCACCUCGUGUUUUGUCGUUUCGGGCUAAAAUUUCAGUCUUUCUGUGAAAACGACAGCAAAAGGAGUUUUUUUUACCAGAUAUUGUGUAUUUUAAGAUGAGUGACCGGGAAGAUUUCAAAAUAUACGUGGGGAACUUGGCCUACGAUGUAACAGAACGGGAAGUAAGGCAGCAUUUUGAAAAAUAUGGAGACGUCGAUGAGGGUGAGUGAUUGUCGACGAAAUUGGCAAAUUGCUUUGUCGCGCCUUUCCAGAGAACAUCUAUGCACUAAGCAAGUGUUAAGAGUAAGAAAAUGAUGGUAAUUCUUUUCAUUUUAUGUAGUAGUCUUGUAUUUUGUGGCAAACAAGUCGAAUAUAGUUACAUUUCGUGUCAACUUGGGCUUAACAGUCCAUUUUGUCCACAGGUCAAAAUGUCCGCAACGUUGGCUAGCAUGCCACUCUUGCUGAAACUAGCAAUUUGUGGAAAAAAAUACUGAUAUUUUUAGUUCAAUGUUUAUGUCAGAAAGUUGCUAAAGAAUCUUACCAAAUAGAACUCAAAAAAACAAUUUACACUCUGGAUUAAAGAUAUUUGCAAUAACAUUUUCAUUCUUGGGAAAUAAAACGUUUGGUUUCCCAUGAAUUGCAAAAGACUCACUACAGUCUUCUGCAUGUGUCAAUGUAUCUCCAGCUUGAGAUGCGAACAAUACUAUCUUAAUUCAUUGAGGGGUGGAUUCUGUUGGCGAGUAAAAUCAUUUGGUGUUAGACAGAGUACACCAGUGAAGUAAGCAUUAGCACAGAAUACUACACAGAAGGCCAUCUCCAUUGUUUUUAGCGUAAGCGCUAUUCGUCAUGAUUCAUCACUCAGCAAGUACCGUAAACAGAAGCAGUCACCCCCUGGAAAUACUAAAUAUGGCAAACGUCCAGGGGGGUGACUGCUUCUGUUUACGGUACUUGCCGAGUGACGAAUCAUGACGAAUAACGCUUACGCAAAAAACAAUGGAGAUGGACUUCUGUGUAGUAUUCUGUGGCAUUAGUGUGCAAUACAACUUAAUGGGUGAAUAAUUAACAAUUAUUUGCCGAAGGCAAGGUGAUUAUUGGGGAAUAUUCGCCAAGGUGAAUAUUCCCAGAUAAUCACCGAGCCUGAGGCAAAUAAUUGUUCUAGUAUUUUUACACAAGUCUUUUGUGUUUUUAGGACUGAAUUUAUUUUAAAUUUGCUUAUUUCUUUAUCAGUAACUUCCACAAAACGGCUAGCUGCCAUUUUGCAAAUUGUGAAUAUAACAGCUUAAUACGUCAAAUUUGACCAAUCAACUUGCAGGAUUUGUUAUAUUCACUUGUGCAAAAAUACUAAAUUGUGUUAGUCCAGAAGUAGUGGGCGAUUGUUCAGAAGUCUGUUAGCAUAAUGGUAGUUUAGUAUCAACCUGGAAUCACUAAAAGUUUUUUCCACAAAAUAUUAUUCUCACACCCAGUGACACAGCUGGGAGCUGCUGCAGCCAUCCUCCGCAAAAUUAUACAUCUAACAAUUGUCUUUUAUUUUUGCUAUUUUUAGUGUUCAUUGCCACAGACAGAUACACUCGUCGUCCGAGAGGGUAUUGUUUUGUAACAUUUCGGGAUAUUGAUGAUGCAAAAGAUGCUAUUCAUGCAGCUAAUAACACUGUAGGUGGCAAAAGUGUACCUAAACUAAACUACUUUAUUUAUACUUGAUGGCUCUAUCAGUUUUAAACUGUUCUCCCUAGUGCUAUCCCCAAGCACUCUUGUCAAGAAUGACUGAGACAAAAUACAUGCACUAACUGUGCCAAUUAUAGAUAUCUUUUUAUAAACACUAAACAUGAUUUUGUUGCCAUGACAUUCAACUAUUCUUACUUGUAGCAAUUUGCUGGAAGAGAAAUCAAUGUCCACAGAGCAUUGCCUAAACGAUCGACCAGAUACGAUGACCGUAGACGCAGACAAUCACCCAGUCCCCGAAGACGAUCCAAAAGCCCUCGAAGACGAUCCAGGAGCCCUCGUAGAAAAUCCAAAAGUCCAAAACGAAAAUCCUCCAACAGUCCUCAGCGCCGAUCAAAUAGCCCACGCCGGCGAUCGUCUACCAGUCCUCGACGACGAUCAUCUGGUAGCCCACGUGGACAAUCAAACAGCCCUAAGAAACACUCCCCCAGCCCUAAGAGACGUUCCACCAGCCCUAAGAGACGCUCCCCCAGCCCCAAGCAGCGAUCCAACAGUCCUAAGCGACGGUCAGUCAGCGGCAGUCCUCGCAGAAAAUCGACAAGCCCAAGUCAAUGAAACAGGUAUACGAGUCAUCUGUU